GAUUCGAUGCGGGUUUUCAACAACAACAACAACAAUUUCUCGUCUUUGUCUCGUCGCCGGAAUCCGGAAAAACGCAGAAUCAAUCGAAAAUAGGGGAUAGCAAUCAAGAACCGAGAUAGAACGCAAAGAUGGCCAUCAUCUACCUCGGCGUGCAUCUGCCGUUCAAACCGUAUCAGAAGCUGAAACUAGACAAUUUUGAUCUCAACAGCCGCACAGAAGCGUUGCGAGCUGAGGCAGCCAAACUGAUCAAGGGCGACGUGGCGAUGGACGAGUUCGUGUUCCUGUACUGCGGUUCACAGCUCAUGAAGGAUGACACGCUGCAGAGCAAGGGCAUCCGGGAUGGUUCGAUGAUCCAUGUCAUUCAGCAGCGUCAGGAACAGAGGAGCGCCGGUUCCGAGCAACAGCGACCCUUUACCGAGGCGGAUGUGCAGGAAAUGCUCGGCAUCUGGCGUACGGUCGAUUCGUCAAACUUCCAGAAGGUGCGGCAACCGGAGUUCAUGAAGAACGCCCUCGACGCGCACCCAGCUAUCCGGGGCGAUCUGUUCGUGCUGUCGAUGCUGAAGGACCCGAUUCUGUUGUCCUCCAUGCAGCAGCCAGAGACGAUUCGACGGGUGGCCGAAAAGCAUCGGGUGCUGAUUGAUGCGUCGCGCGCCAUCGUCAAGCUGCUCAACUCCAAGAUGAUCUCGAAGGUGAACAACUAUCACCUGUCGGCCCCGAUGGACAAUGCCCUCGAUGAUCCACUGUCGGAUUCGUCGUCGAGCGAUGAAAACACUGCCUCGCCGACCACCUCGAAUGCUCCGGCCAUACUGCGCAUUACCGCGGAUCAGCUCGCCUCGGCCCUUGCCUUCGCCGGCAGUGGCACACGGAGCGGUUCCGGUUACAAUUCUCUCUCCAACAUCUCGCAGCGCGAUGCGGACAAUCGCGAAAGUCAACAGGAUUCGACGGGAAUGGAAGCCACCGAUAGCAAUCAACCCUCCACCUCCGGCAGUAGCGGGCCCGUGGCUGGUGGCGAGAAUACCUCCACCGAACGCAUUACAUCCUCCAUGCUGAUGGACGCCAUUUCGAUGAUGUUCCAGCAACGUGGAGGCUCGAGUACCUCCUCCUCCUCACUGACAGCCGCUGGCGAUAAUAGUCCCUCCACGAGUGGGGCCGCCAGCAGUAGCCGAGCAACACAGCCAGCAGUGCCGGUAGCGGCGGAUGAACCGAUGGAUACGAGCCCCGUUACCGGUAUGAGCAUGAAUACUGCUGCCGAUCCGGCUACUCCCAUGGGUGACGAUCUCGGUGCCCAUACCCAAUCGCAGCACUCCAGCAUCGCGGCACGGCUGGGCCAGUAUCGUAGUGAGCUGGAGCUGAUGCGUGAGAUGGGACUGGCCGAUACGGAAACUAAUUUGCAGGCGCUGAUUGUUUGUAACGGCAACGUGGAAUCGGCCGUGAAUCUCGUGCUCAGUGGCAUGAAUAACUGAAACACGAAUAAAGAUAAGAUGGUACUGUUUCAA